AUGGCAAUGCUUGGUUUCGAGUCGACAGCUGAAUUUUUUGCUUAUCUUACUUUUAUGUUUUUUGGGAUGUCGGUGAUGAAUGUGACGAAUGCCAUUUACUCCAAUUAUAAUUUUUUCUCCCAGUACUACAAGUUUGCGCAGGGUGAUGCGGAUGCUGUAUCAAAAAAUACAUCAUUCUGGGAGCACAUGUUCACGUAUUAUAAUGUUGUCGUGUUUACCAUGCAAGUGCUUUUGGAGACUUUUAUGCUCACUCCACUGGGUAGACAGAUUCCUGUUACAUGGCGUUAUGUCUUUGGACUCACGAUUCCCAUGGUUGAAAUCAUUGUAAUUUUGGUUAUUCCUGCUGUUGGAGGAACAAGUGAGGGCGGUGCGAUGGCAACUAUGAUGAUAGUUGCGUUCGUCGACGGUAUUUCGAAAACACUUUGUGACUCCAGCAAUGCUGUCACUACAGGACCGUUUCCGACUAAAUUCUAUUCUGCGAUGGUUAUGGGUCUUGCUGUCUCCGGCAUUAUGACUUCAUUUUUGUCCAUUGUUAUCAAAGCAUCAAUGAAGGAUAACUUUGAAAGCAGACGAACUCAGUCCCAAAUAUACUUUGGAUUAGUCAUGCUCUCUCAAGUAGUUGCAUGCGUCCUUCUUUUUCUUCUGAGGAAAAACCCAUAUGCCAUUAAAUAUGCUGCAGAAUUUAGGUAUGCCGCGAGAAAAAAAGGAACAGUGUGUGACUUUGAUGUAAAGGGAACAGGGCCGGUAAGCGGAAAUAGAUAUGCUGAUGAAAAAGAGAACAAGAAUGUAUUGAAUGCUGAUAUUGAUCCAGAUGAUAUGAGGGAUACGGAUCAGGUUGAAGGCACUACCAACGCUCAGCAAAUGCUUGAUGCGAGUAUUAUGGUUGUGGUGAAACGCAUUUGGCCUGUGUUACUAUCUUGCUUCUUUGUAUUCUUUGCGACACUUCUUGUAUUCCCUGGUGUAUUCUUGGCAGUUAGGGAUUCACUUACAAUAAAAGACUUUUGGUAUUUUAACAUCGUCGUUGCCAUGUUCAACUUGGGUGAUUUCUCGUCACGUUUUGCUUUGCAGUUCAAGCGGUUGCAUGUGUCUCCACGCAUGGUUAUGAUUGGUUCAUUUGCACGUGCACUUUUGAUAAUUCCUCUUGCUCUUUGCGUUCCUGGGACCAUUCCUGGUGUAUGGCUACCAUGUAUUCUUUGUCUCCUUUGGGGGUUCACAAAUGGUUACUUUGGUGGCCUUUCAAUGAUUUAUGGACCGCGUAACGGAUCGCUCACCACAGCGGGUCAACGCUCUCUUGCCGCCGUAUGUAUCAAUGUAUCACUUCUUAUGGGUCUUUUUGCUGGUGCUAUGUUUGCGUUGGCUGUUAAGGAGGCUCUUCCUAAAACAGAGUAG